AGACUCAUGUUUUCAUCAGUAAGGAGUCAAGGAGUAGAGUGUUCGGACUGUCUUACUAUUAUCGUAUGAUUUGCUGACUUACUUCUCACCACUGGUAAACGAUAACUAAUAAUUCUGGUGUUUCGCCGACUUAAUUCUCGCCUGGGUAACUUUUCAAGUGACGAUGGCCUUGUUACAGUGCUACAAUAAGGGAUGUGGACUGAAGUUCAACCCUGAGGAGAAUAAUGAUGAGGCCUGCCAGUACCACCCAGGGGCCCCAAUCUUUCACGAUGCGUACAAAGGCUGGUCCUGCUGUAACAAGAGAAGUACAGACUUCACCACUUUCCUAAAUACCAAAGGGUGUGCAAAAGGGCAGCACAAUCCAGAGAAGCCAGUGGAGCAGCAGAAACCCAAGAUUGACCCGGCCACCAAAGACGAGGUCAUCACCGUGGAGGCGCGCAAGGAUGCACCUGCACUCCCAAGACCUCCAUUUGAGACCCCCACAACCCGCCUUCCUGUCACAGUCUCCCAGUCAUUACGGCAGGCUUUAGAAAAGAAAGCCAAAGAAGAACUGAAAGCAGAGGAAGUGGAAGAGGAGGAGAUCGAAACCUCUAUUGAUGGUGUGAAGAUUGGCGAGAGUUGCAAAAAUAACGGCUGCAAAGGGGAGUAUGAAGGUGAGCAUAGCAACUUAGAAUUAUGCAAGUACCAUCCUGGAGUUCCUGUAUUCCAUGAGGGCCUUAAGUAUUGGAGCUGUUGUAAAAAGAAGUCUACAGAUUUUUCUGAGUUCCUUGAACAGGUCGGCUGCUCCACUGGCCACCACUGUUGGAUCAAAACAGAAGCUAGAAAAGUUGCCUCCUGUCGCUACGACUGGCACCAGACUGGCACUCAUGUUAUUGUGUCAGUUUAUGCCAAGCUCUCUGUACCUGCUACCACAUAUGUAGAGGUGAACCCCAUCAGACUCAAGGCCUACAUUGUGUUUGGGGGAGACAAUCUGUUUGAAUUGGAUCUUGAGCUGCAGGGGCUGAUUGAUCCAGCGCAGAGUAGUGUAACCCUGGCAGCUUCAAAGGUAGAGAUUAAACUCAGGAAAGGAGAGCCGAAGAGCUGGAAGAACUUGUACAUAGAGCGAGAACUACCCUCGGAAAACAAGACAGAUGACGAGAAAGCGGAAGAGGUCGAGAUGGAAGAGCGGGUCGAUGCCAUUGAUCUGAGUGACAUUUGAAAGUAGUCUCUUUGGGAAUUGCUUCAGGACUUUUUUAAAAAGCUGGUGUUUACAGCAUAUGAUGUGCAAUGAUUUGAAGCCGACCACUCGUUUUAUUUUGAACAAUACUUGAGAGAUGGCGACUUCUACCAUAUAUCUUUUGAUGCUGACAUUGGAAAACGCUAAGAUAGAAUUUUAAAGAUGAGAAAGGACGGCAACUAAAAUACAGGGUACUGAAGAGUUCUACCAUGGGGUAUCAAGAUUCAUGGUUUAACAAGACAGUAAAACUUGAACUGAUACGCAUUUUCUUGGUAAGCAAGCGUAAAUCAAAACUAUGCUUUGAUAUCAAGGAGGGAGAGAUAGACUGGAUGUCAAUAUUCUCUUAUUCUCAUUAAUUUUUGAAGCUUCAUUGAAAAUCUGGGGGUUUAUAUGGCAAUUAUUUUAUUCAAUUGGUUACUUGAAUCCCAUUGAUUAGUAAAUUUUUAUUCAUAUGGAAUUACUAUUAUUUAAAAGAAAAAGAUAUCUUUGGUUAUGGCUAAUCAUGCACAAAUAUUGAGAAGGAAGAACAACAUGGUAGUAUCUCUUAUGGGUAAAAAGACUGACCUGAUUUGUUCUUUUAGUUGGGAAUUUCUAAUUGUAGAGUAUGAAAGCUGUUACGUGUAAAGGUAUGUGUGUUAAAUUAUUUUGAGGCUUUUUUAUGUUGAUGAAUUUGAGAGUGUUGUAUGUCUCUUAUGAAGGACUGCUUUAAAAAUCAGCUAUGAAUGAAGUGUCAAAGAGUAUGGCUGUACCAAUGUGUAUUUAGAAACAACAACUCUAGGCUUAUGUACCAAAGUUUGUCACAAUUGAAUUGUAUUUUUUGAUUUGUAAAAUUUUAAGAACUUGAUAUUAUGGAAUAUGCAGGUUACUGUUAUGUGGCAUUAGACUAAGAGAUCACAUUAGAAAAUACACAUGUUUAAGCCUAUAUAUACAGAUUUCAGUCUUUUGCUUUCCUGAAAAUUACAGUUCACUGGUAUGGAAAUCAGUGUCUCUCUUAAAAUUUGUUUACAUUAAUUAUUAACUAGAUUUUACAACAUGAGUCUAGCAGAAAAUAUGAAAUGAUUAGCACUGUGCAAAACUUUGUCUGUACUUAAAUAUCUCAGAUUUUGUAUUUUUAUUUCUGGAAUAGGUACAUGACAGUCUGUAUGAAAACCUAGAGAUUACAAAACAGCUGAUAAUA